AUGUCCGUGACGAUGUUAUCUCGUCUGCACGUUAAGGACCCAAUGUUCGUGGGCGAGCUGCUGAACACGCCGGACGAGAACACAGCUGCAGAAGAUCCCACAGAUGAAGACUUCUGUAGAGUUGGUAACCAAAAAUUGGCUGUGAAUGCCUCUGAGAACGGCUCAAAAAAAAAACCUGGACGAGCACGAUAUGGAGCGUAG